GUGAGAGAUAGAGAGUACAAAAGGCGGAUAUGGCAUUGCUGUGUAUGGCUGGACAGGGUUCUGUCCUCUACACUGGGCCGACCGGGUAUGAUCCCCAAGUGGCUAUUUAAUUCAGUGCCACUACCGUCCAUGAUCGAUGACGAAUUCUUCGAGACACAAGAUAUUGGUUCUCCGAUACGACCAGACGGGCAGCCUUGUAUCAUGGCUGGUGCUGUGAAGGCCUUGGAGCUCUAUCAGAUUUUGGAUGAGGUCCUUGUUGACCUUUAUCUCAACCCCAAUGAUUCUGAAGACACCAAACGUAGACUCAUCAGGAUCCUUGAAAUAGAUAGCAAGUUGCAAAUGUGGAACAAGUCUCUUCCAGAACAUCUGCGACUUGAAGCUACUGCAACACGUGACUUUCUGGUGGAGCGACAAGCAACAGUUCUGAGGGCACGCUUUUUGCACGCACGCAUCCUCUUGUUCCGCCCGGCUCUUAUAUCCUAUUGUGUUCGAGGUGGUUCGACAUCUGGGACAGAACUCUUUGAUGCAAACAAUUCCAGCCUUGCUGAAGCAAUGCUCCCAGAAUGUUCACGCAUAUGCUUCCGUGUUGCCCAGGAACUAAUUGAGAUUUAUGAUCGCCAUCUUUCACGCCAAAAUGCCCUCGGGCCGCUGCCAAAUUGGUGGUAUUCUGUUCUGUACGUCUACAACGCCACUAUGAUGAUUCUAGUAGAGCGCUUUCUCGAGGCAAAGGAUGGCAUUGUGAAAGAUCCGAAAGCAUAUCAAGCAUGGCAUGCCGCUCUUCGCGUCUUGAAGUGCUACAGUAUGGUUGGAGACUCAGCAAAGAGAUGUGUCGCCUUGCUGGAGAUUCUCUGCGAGAGAUUUUCUCUAGAUCAACCCGAACGAUUCUCUCAACAACAGCAGAAUGAGAUUGGUCAAGACUGGGAUUCGCUCCUAGCCAUGUCCAAUCCAUUCACUGCGAAUGAUGCGGGUAUACCACCUUUUAGCUUUGAUGAUUUUAUCUGGUCAGAUGCGAUGCCAGCCGAAGCCAUGCUUACUGAUGGCCCCAUCGAGCCUCGAAUGUGA